AUGAUUGUAAAUACGAACGCUCCAAGAGCGCGGAUUGCCCAGCGGAAGCAUGCUCAGUCUUCACACCUGAGCGCAAUUGCAGUGCUAGCCGCUUGGAAGGGCGCUAUCAGGACAGAGAUAGACUCUCGGAGCUCUUCUAGAUCACAUCUCUCCAGCACCCGUCGCUCUGAACGCGCCGCGCCCUGGGGCCGGGCACAGAGACAGUGCACACCCAGAGAAGUGUCAGCUGCAGUAACGCCGUCGGCGCGCACCUAGACGAUGCGCCGCCUCCUCUCGAGCUGCGCCACCAGGGCCGCGCCAGCGACCCAGCCGCGCCUCGCCGCGCUCCGCGAGACCCUGAAGAAGGAGGCCGCCACCCCGGCGAAAGCGCGCAAGCCCGCGUGGCUCAAGGCCCCGGCCGCCGCCGGCGCGAACUACGAGCGAUUGAGAAGUACGGUGCGCAAGCAGAAGCUCGCGACGGUCUGCGAGGAGGCGCGGUGCCCGAACAUCGGCGAGUGCUGGGGCGGCCGCGCCGCGGCGGGCGACGAAAGUAAUGAGGAGCACACGGCCACCGCCACCAUAAUGAUCAUGGGCGACACGUGUACUAGAGGGUGCCGAUUUUGUUCGGUCAAGACGUCGCGGCGGCCCGAUGCCCUGGAUCCCGAGGAACCGUCGAGGACGGCCGACGCCGUGAACCAAUGGGGUUUGGAUUAUGUCGUCGUGACGUCCGUCGAUCGCGACGACGUCCACGACCACGGUUCUUCACAUAUCUCCGAGACCGUGCGCCAGCUGAAAGCGAAGACGCCGCAUUUGCUCGUGGAAGUACUCACACCGGACUUCGGCGGCGUCGUCGAGCGGGUCAACGAGGUCGCAUUGAGCGGGCUGGACGUCUUCGCGCACAACGUCGAGACCGUGGAACGCCUCACUCCUAGAGUGCGCGACCGGCGCGCGGGGUACCAGCAGACCAUGAAUGUCCUGCAAGCGGCCAAGGCCGCGAAUCCCGCUCUGGUGACGAAGUCGUCGAUCAUGCUCGGGCUCGGCGAGACGGACGACGAGAUUUUGCAGACGCUCCGCGACCUGCGGGCGCACGGCGUCGACGUCGUGACCUUCGGCCAGUACCUGCAGCCGACGAAGCGGCAUCUGAAAGUGGUGGACUACGUGACGCCCGAGGCCUUCGACCGCUGGCGCGACGCGGCGCAGGCCCUGGGCUUCCUCUACGUCGCGAGCGGGCCGCUCGUGCGGUCGUCGUACCGCGCGGGCGAGCUCUUCGUGAAGAACGUGCUGCGGGGGCGGAAGCCGAAGAAGGCCGACGUCGGGGCCGCGGCCGAGUCGCUCGCCGCCGCGGCGGCGGCGUCCACGGCGGCGGCGGCGGCGGCGACCGCUGCUGCGUAA